AUGUUAGUAUGUCCUUUAUGCUAUGUUUGUACCGACUGCGGCGAGUUAAAGAGCACACAAAUGGCAAGUUGGCUUGCCUCUCGUGGAACGCAACAGCAGUUCAUGGCUCCGUAUAUGUCUGCUCAUAAUGGCCGUGUGGAGCGCAUCCAUUGUACGCUGCGCAACAAGGCUCGCACCAUGCGGCUACAAGCUGAUCUCCAUGUAAACUGA